AUGGCAUCAUACGAGGCGUUGUAUGGACGCAAAUGUAGAUCACCUCUGUAUUGGGAUGAAGUUGGCGAGAAUCGGUUUUUGGGGCCAGAGUUGGUACAAGAGAUGAAAGAGAAGAUUGGACUUAUUCGUAAGCGGAUGCUCACCGCUCAGAGCCGACAGAAAAGUUAUGCGGAUAAGCAUCGCAGUAAGCUCGAGUUCACAGUUGGUGACCUUGUAUAUCUAAAGCUACGAAAGUGUGUUCACGAUCCAUCACAAGUAAUACGUCAUGAGCCUCUUAACAUUCAGCCUAAUUUGACGUAUGAAGAGUUGCCAGUGCAAAUUUUGGAUCGCAAGGAGCAACAGUUGAGGACUAGGACCAUUCCUCUCGUGAAGAUUUUAUGGAGGAAUUACGGGAUUGAGGAAGCAUCAUGGGAGCUGGAGCAGCAGAUGCAGGAUAAGUAUCCACACCUAUUCGAGUAA